UGCUCCUGUAGAAAACUUUUGAAGCUCAAUCACGUACACGGUACGACCAUCAAAAUGAGCUCCGCAGGUCAAUCUCAUGUCGGAUUCCCUUCCAUCUACGAGUCACAGAACCAGCGCCACACCGGUCAGGCUGAAAUCGGUGAGCUUAGGAGAACUACGGGGGAGAAUGUCCAAGGGUUUCUACCAAAGGAUCAGCAAAAUGAAGUGAACAGGUUGCACGAGGAGCAGAGACAGAAGAAGCAGGCCGAGGCCGUUCGAAAUGAUCCGACGCUCGCCGCAAACCUUCAUGGGAAUCGGCCGUCUAGGGGCGCCUUGGUCGACAGGGACUUGCAGAAAGAAGAUGAGGCGAUUCUGAAGAAGAAGAAUGAUGCCAUGACUGGAAAGAAGUUUUGAGUUGGCAUGCUGGGGCUGGGGUGGGAGAUGAAAACAACCAUGUUGGCGGGAAACCUGGCGGAAUCAACAAGUCUUGAGCAGAAAUGACAGUGUAUGGAUUAGUUUCAAUG